AUGCCAGGGUCUGGCAGUGGGAUCAGACACAGUUUCUUCCUUCGUCCCCUCACAGGUGCCCUCGGCUCGAGGGAGGAGCCCGAGUUCGUGACCGCUCGCGCUGGCGAGAGCGUGAUCCUGGGAUGCGACGUGAUCCACCCGCUCACGGGGCAGCCCCCUCCCUAUGUCGUGGAGUGGUUCAAGUUCGGCGUCCCCAUCCCCAUCUUCAUCAAGUUUGGGUUUUACCCUCCCCAUGUCGACCCGGAGUAUGCCGGCCGGGCCAGCCUGCACGACAAAGCCUCCCUGCGAAUUGAGCAGGUCCGCUCCGAGGACCAGGGCUGGUACGAGUGCAAAGUGCUCAUGCUGGACCAGCAGUACGACACCUUCCACAACGGCAGCUGGGUCCACCUCACAGUCAACGCUCCCCCCACUUUCACGGAGACGCCGCCGCAGUACGUCGAGGCGAAGGAAGGCAGCAGCGUCACCUUGACCUGCAUGGCGUUCGGGAACCCCAAGCCCAUCGUCACCUGGCUGAAAGAGGGAGACCUUUUGGGUGACAAUGGCAAGUACCAGGUGAGCGACGGGAGCCUGACAGUGCUCUCCGUCAGCCGGGAGGACAGGGGUGCCUACACUUGCCGGGCGUACAGCAUCCAGGGAGAGGCUGUGCACACCACGCGCCUGCUCGUUCAAGGACCUCCUUUCAUCGUUUCCCCUCCGGAGAACAUCACGGUCAACAUCUCCCAGGAUGCGCUCUUCACCUGCCAGGCCGAGGCGUACCCCGGGAACCUCACCUACCUGUGGUACUGGGAGGAGGAGAACGUCUACUUCAAGAACGACCUGAAGUUGCGGGUGCGGAUCCUGAUCGACGGCACGCUGAUCAUUUUCCGUGUCAAGCCAGAGGAUGCUGGAAAAUACACCUGUAUCCCCAGCAACAGCCUGGGCCGCUCACCAUCAGCCUCUGCCUACCUGACAGUGCAGUAUCCUGCCCGCGUGGUGAACAUGCCCCCUGUCAUCUACGUUCCCAUCGGGAUACACGGAUACAUCCGCUGCCCGGUCGAGGCAGAGCCCCCGGUCACACUGGUCAAGUGGAACAAAGACGGACGUCCCCUGCGAAUCGAGAAGUAUUCUGGCUGGAACCUGCUGGAAGACGGGUCGAUCCGGAUAGAGGAGGCAACCGAAGAUGCUCUCGGCACUUACACCUGUGUGCCUUAUAACGCCCUGGGUACGAUGGGCCAGUCUCCCCCUGCCCGACUGGUACUGAAGGACCCCCCCUAUUUCACGGUGCUACCAGGCUGGGAGUACAGACAGGAGGCAGGGAGGGAGCUGUUGAUUCCUUGCGCUGCUGCCGGAGACCCCUUUCCCAUCAUCGCCUGGAGAAAGGUCCUCUCGAAAACGGGGGAACCGGCUGCCUUGCCACGACCGGAGAGACCAGAUCCCUUGCUGGUGGCCGGCGGCGUUCCCUGGCCCGCGCAGGUAGGGAAGCCCAGCAGGAGCAAGCACAACACGCUGCCCGGCGGCACCCUGCAGAUCCGCUCCCUCGGCAAGGACGACCACGGCGAGUGGGAGUGCGUCGCCACCAACAUCGUCGCAAGCAUUACUGCCAGCACCCACCUUACCGUCGUAGGCACAAGCCCUCACGCCCCGACCAGCGUGCACGUUGUGGUCGCCAUGACCUCUGCCAACGUCUCCUGGGAGCCCGGCUACGACGGUGGAUACGAGCAGACUUUCUCAGUUUGGUACGGCCCUCUGAUGAAGAGAGCCCAGUUUGGCCCCCACGACUGGCUGUCUCUCCCAGUGCCAGCUGGUUCCAGUUGGCUACUAGUGGAUACCUUGGAACCGGAGACUGCCUACCAGUUCAGUGUCUUGGCUCAAAACAAGCUGGGCACCAGCUCCUUCAGUGAGGUGGUCACUGUGAACACUCUAGCAUUCCCUGUAACAACUCCAGAGCCUCUGGUGUUGGUUACCCCACCGAGGUGCCUAACAGCCAACCGGACACAGCAAGGCGUCCUCUUGUCAUGGCUUCCUCCUGCUAACCACAGCUUCCCCAUCGACCGCUACAUCAUGGAGUUCCGUGUCGCGGAGAGGUGGGAGAUCUUGGAUGACGGCAUCUUGGGGACCGAGAGCGAGUUUUUUGCCAAGGACUUGUCCCAGGACACCUGGUACGAGUUCCGGGUCCUGGCGGUCAUGCAGGAUCUCAUCAGCGAACCCAGCAACGUUGCUGGUGUGUCCAGUACAGAUGUAUUCCCUCAGCCUGACCUGACGGACGAGGGUCUAGCCCGCCCAGUGCUGGCUGGCAUCGUUGCCACCAUCUGCUUCCUGGCUGCUGCCAUCCUCUUCAGCACACUCGCCGCCUGCUUUGUCAACAAGCAACGCAAACGCAAGCUUAAGCGCAAGAAAGACCCUCCUCUCUCGAUAACCCACUGCAGGAAGAGUUUGGAGUCCCCGUUGUCUUCCGGCAAGGUGAGUCCCGAGAGCAUCCGCACACUCCGUCCCCCCUCGGAGUCCUCCGACGACCAGGGUCCGCAGGCCAAGCGGAUGCUGAGCCCCACCAAGGAGAAGGAGCUCUCCCUUUACAAGAAGACCAAGCGAGCCAUCAGCAGCAAGAAGUACAGCGUCUCCAAGGCGGAGGCCGAAGCCGAGGCCACCACCCCCAUCGAGCUCAUCAGCCGCGGGCCGGACGGCCGCUUCGUCAUGGACCCAGCGGAGAUGGAGCCCUCCUUGAAGACACGGCGGAUCGAGGGCUUCCCCUUCGUGGAGGAGACAGACAUGUACCCGGAGUUCAGGCAGUCGGAUGAGGAGAACGACGACCCCGUUGUCCCCACCUCCGUCACCGCCCUGAAAGCCCAGCUCACCCCUCUCUCCUCCAGCCAGGAGUCCUACCUUCAGCCACCAGCAUACAGCCCCCGGUUCCACCGGGCGCUGGAGGGUCCCGGCACCCUGCAGGCCACCGGCCAGGCCCGCCCGCCGGCCCCCCGGGCUUUCCACCACCAAUUUUACGGUUACCUCAGCAGCAGCAGCCCCGGGGAGGUGGACCCACCGCCCUUCUACAUGCCAGAAGUCAGCCCGCUGAGCUCGGUCAUGUCCUCCCCACCGCUGCCCCCCGAGGGGCCUUUUGGACACCCCACCAUCCCCGAAGAGAACGGGGAGAACGUCUCCAACAGCACGCUGCCCCUGGCCCAGACCCCCACGGGGGGCCGGUCCCCUGAACCCUGGGGCAGGGCCGAAUUCCCCUUUGGCAGCCUGGAGCCGGCCCCGGCGCCGUUCCCCCACCAGCUCCAGUCGUGUGAGGCGGCCGAGGGCACCCAGCCCACCGGCUGCCUUCCUCGGGGGCCGCCCCCCUCAUCCCUCCAGGUGGUCCCCGCGUCCUACCCGGGCAUCCUGCCCCUGGAGGCACCAAAGAGCUGGACCGGCAAGUCACCCGGCAGGGGCCAAUCCUCUGUGCCCACCACCACGAAGUGGCAGGACAAACCUAUGCAACCCAUGGGAUGUCAAGGGCAGCUAAGACAUACCAGCCAAGGUAUGGGCAUACCCGUGUUGCCUUACCACGAACCGUCCGAGCCCGUCGGCCCCAGCGGCACAAGCACAUUCAGCCUGGACACCAGGUGGUACGAGCCCCAACCCCGACCUCGGCCCAGCCCUCGGCAGGUCAGGAGGGCUGAGCCCAGUUUACAUCAGGUGGUGCUACAACCUUCGAGGCUUUCACCUCUGACCCAAAGCCCCCUCAGCUCCCGCAACAGCUCCCCAGAGCUGACCGCCCGUGCCCGGCCCCGGCCGGGCCUCAUCCAGCAGGCUGAGGUGUCAGAGAUCACCCUGCAGCCCCCCGCGGCGGUCAGCUUCUCCCGCAAGUCCACGCCGUCGACGGGAUCCCCCGCGCCAAGCAGCCGGGGAGGCAGCCCCAGCUACCGACCUACUGCCACCUUCGCCUCCCUGGCCACCGGCUACUCUGGCUCCCAGGGCUCCUCCCUGCCCGUGGACACCAUGGAUGUUUUCGGAGACAUCCCCUCUCCGAGGAGGGCUGGCGAGGAGAUUCUCCAACCGGAGCCGACAUCCACCACGGUAGCCGCCACGGGAAAACAUCCAUCUCCGUCCGGGGACGCUGCUGCACCUGAGAGGCUCGAAGCUCUGAAAUACCAGCGGAUAAAGAAGCCCAAAAAGUCAUCCAAGGGCUCCUCGAAAUCCAGAAAACAAUCCAACGGCUCUGCCUCCCAGGUUCAGCAACUUCCCAGCUCUCAGGUACUGUGGCCUGACGAAGCUGUCUGCCUCCGCAAAAAGAAGAGACACCCUCGUCAGGACCCCUUCGCCCGCCUCUCGGCGCUGAAGGACGACCUCUGCCACCGGCAGCUCCCCGAAGACCAGACAGCCAUUCUCAACAGCGUGGACCACGAUGACACCAGCGGGCACGCCACAUUGCUUUAGCCUAACGCCCGCCCGAGAAGGUUAAACAGGAGGGGGUGGAGGGAGCCGAAAUCGUGCCGCCGGCAGACGGAGGGAAUGGGAGAGACGGGGAGGGGGACACCCUUAC